GCAGCGGGCAACGAGCGGGCGGCGCACGCACUCCAGUCUAGCGGCGACCGCUCGCGCUGCGCGACGCGCGUCUGCAUUCUAGGGUAGUGCUGUCCAAUUGUUUUGUUACGUGUGUCAAAAUGUCCUCGGACGAGCAAGAGCGAAUAAUUUCAGCAAUCUUUGAGAGGAGACCUAUAUGGAACAGCAAAGAUGUAAACCAUAAACAUAGAAGAGUAAUUAACCAAUUAUGGGAAGAAAUAAAAAACGAACUUAAUAUUGAAGUGACCGAUUUAAAGAAAAAAUGGAAAAAUAUAAAAGAUCACUACAGAAAAGAAUUAAAAAGAUAUCCUGCUCCUCGAUCAGGAGAUGCAGGAAAUGUUAAUCGGCCCUCGAAUUGGCAAUACUUUUCUCAAUUGGGGUUUUUGCGAGAUGAAGUUAUGCCAAAUGUUACUGAGGGUAAUUUAAGCCACACUGAAGUAAGCAAUCGAAUUAGUAAUUCUUCUAUUGAGCUAGAACACUCUCAAGAAAAUACGACCGGUCACGAUGAAGAAGCUUCUAUUUAUCCACAACAAGAAUCCUCACAAGAUGCUUCUAUAUCUUUACAAGAAGCUUCUUCUUUAUCGCAAGAAAUUUCUACGCCUUCGAGAGAAGCUUCUACUUCACAACUAUCAAGAAAAAAGAAAACAGCGAAUGAUAUACGAACUGAAUUUUUGGAAUUGGAAAGGAAAAAGAUAAGACUACUGGAAAAUGAUUUAUCAAAUCAAAGUAGAAACGAAGCUUCUAGGCAUGAGAAUAAAUCAGAUGACUACUACUUUUUAAUGAGUUUGCUUCCACAAAUGGAAAAAUUCACGCCAAUACAAAAGUUUAGAGUAAGACAAAAAUUUAAUCAAGCUCUUCUAGAUGAGUUAAGUGUAAAUGAAAGCAUGUACCCUUCUAAUGAAUCAUGUAUGUAUAAUACUCAACACUAGGUAUAUUAUCUUUCAAAUGAAAAUACUGUUAAUAAGUCAAAAAACUGUGAUUGUAGAAAUAAGUACCUAAUCAGAGUUUGACAAAUGAGUAGGUCAUCUUCAUAGAA